AUGGGGCCCAUGUGUCAAGGCCAAAGUACUAGUGCUAAGCUUUCUCAGGAUGCUGCCCGAGAGGAGGCUGAGGCAGAAAUGCAUGCUUCUGAGGUGCGGGGCAGUAAAAGCAAACUUUCGCUAUUGGAGCAACAGCAUGAGAACUGGUCUGGAGAAGAAUCAGUACAGGAUACCGUCCUGCGCAUGCUGAUCGACGAAUAUAAACCUCUUCGGACUGGGAUUAUCAGGACUGCUGAUGAAAAGUUGAAGGAUGCACCUCCACAGAUCAUAUCAGAAAUAACGCAUCCUGCCAGAAUACGUACGUGGAAGGAGAUAGCGAACGAGCCGCUUCUUCCUGCCAUCGAAGGUCACAAGCCGUGGCAAACGACCUUCAAAGCACCGUCUCAUGUUUCUGCAUCCAUUAAGUUUGGAAACAUCAAACCCCCGUCAGCUUCUACUAAGACCGGCGAACCGAAAAGGGAGUUGUUGAAACGCAAGGUGCAAGCCAGCCGGCUGACUCGCGCCCGCGAGUCAACUCUCGAUUAUCGGCUGGGACUUCGUGAUGGAAGCAACAGACGGCCAGCUCAAGUGAACCCUGUCACGCUUAAAGGCUGGCAAAGUCUUGUAGAAGAUCGGAUAGAGAAAGCUCGGAUGGCAGGAGCCUUUGACAGGAUCAGAGGUAGAAGCCAGCCUAUUACUCAGACGAGCGAAGAACGUAACCCGUUUAUCGCUCGCGAGGAGUUUCUUAUGAACCGCAUUGUCCAGCGGAAUGGCGCAGCUCCUCUAUGGGUGGGAGUACAGAUAGAGCUAGAGUCAGCCGUGAAUUCUUUUCGAGAAACACUCAGGCAAUCUUGGACGAGGCAUGCAGUUCGCAUGCUGACUCUCUCCCAGCCCGCCGCUACGUUUCCCGAUUUGUCAUUAACUAUGGUAACGACCAUGCGUGAUCGUGAAUGGGAGAACCGAGAGUGUUCGUAUCACAACACAGCGAUUGCAGAGCUUAACUCGCUCGUUCGUAAAUAUAAUGCCGUGGCGCCAUACGCUGUUCAGCGUCCGUACUAUGCGCGAGAGGUGGAACUGAAAAAAGCAUACGAGGAUUGCGGAGAAGAGAUUCUGCGUGCGAUCAAAGAGAGAAGGGAGGAAACGUCUGGAUACUUGUUUAAUUCCAUGGCGAAACCGGUUUCCGGUGUCGAUGAUCAUGCUGAUCCUGGUUCUUCCUUUGGGUUCCGCGCCCUCAUUUUGCAAUGGAUAGAGCACCUACUACGGAAGUUUACGGGGUCCCGGCAGCCAUAA